AUGGCAGCAGGAGGGUUCUGAGCCCUGAAGGUUGCCAAUGUGCUCCGGGUUCUAGUUUGCCCUGGAAUUUACGGUGCUCUUGUGAGCCAUGGGCGCUGAGGAGGAGGUUCUGCAAUGUUUUGCAUUCUAUACAGCAAUGAGGCAAAGAGAAUCACUGGGGGAGGUCUCUCAAGGUUUGCUCCUUGUUUUGGAGAAACUCAAGCAAUUUGCAAGGGAUUCAGUGAAGAGGUGUAAAGAUAAAAACCUGGAGGAGGCAUAUCGACUCUUGUCAGCAGUGAGCAAAGGAUUAUGGGUCCUGGACCGCAGUCACGUUCACCCUCUGGUGCACUGUGUGCUUGCUUUGCAGAUGGAGACAACAAGCAGUUCCAGCUCUUUCCUUCGCCUUGAGAAGCUGGUUGUGAAAUUAUCUGAACGUGACGAGCAGCUGGUCUUUGAAGAGCUAAACCAGUUUAUGGGCAGCCUUGUUGAGCACCAAGAGGCACUGUCUCCUGGCAGUCUUCAGACAGUGUGUAUGUUUGUAGAGGAGAGCAUGCUGGGACGCUCUUAUUGGCAGAACAACCUGCUACUGCUGCUGAAAUGCAUUGUUCACACAUUUGAUGCAAUGGCCUGGGAUCAGAUCUCCAGGAACGAAGAAUGGUGCUACAUCACAGUGAAGACUUGCUUGCAGGUUUUCAAGUUGAUGCCAAAAAAAGUUUCACCUCUUGUGUGGGAUGAAACGGGGGAGAGCAAACCUCUGCAAAGCAUUCUGGAAUAUUUGGUGCACAUCAUCAUGGGAAAGACAGCCUGCAAGGACACCCGUAUGCUGGCUGGGACGGCUGUGAGCAUGCUGGUCAACACAGCACCUGAGCCCCAAAGAGGAGCAGCAGCAGUGCUGGGACUCUACCACCUGCCAAAUGCAGCCAAAGGCCAUUUUGGGACACUCAGUUUGCCUUCAUGCACUUGGAAUCCUGAUGGGCUGGAGCGGCUGGUGCUGUUACGGGGCUUAUUGGCCUGCUGCAGGAAGAAGAUCCUGAGCUGUUCCUUGGAUAGGACUCAGCCACAGACUUGUCUGUUGCUGGAUGUGCUGUUUCCAGCUAUUUUAAUCCUGAUGGAAGAGCAGAAAGACUGUCUUUACUACUGUUUCCAAGUCUUUUCCCUGUGGCUUCAGCGUGUCCGAGAGAGUCUGGAUGAAAUUUGGAAAGUGAAGGAGAAUCGUGUGUUGGCAGAGAACUCCAGGCUGCUCCAGGAACUGACUCAGUUCCUCUGGAACAAUGCCGAGAGCCCGGUGGAGGGAGUGUCAGAUUUCGUACACACCUCCUUUCAACAUCUUCUGGAGAUCUACAAUCUAGAGUGUGACCAUUUUGAGGACACAGAGAGACCCCUCUAUGGACAGUUUCUCCAGAAAAUCAUCCUCAUGCCCUGGCAGGCCAGAGCCCAAUAUCUUCCUCUUUGUGCAAUUCUCCCUUACCUAGGUCCUGAAACAGUUCUGAAUACCUACAAGGAUCUGCCCCAGCACCUCCUGAACUGUCUUUCGACCAAUCAUCUGUGUCCCACUGCCUCAGAUUUGUAUAAAACCAUCCUGCAGCAGCAGCGCAAAGUCUGGACGGAGGAGCAGGAAGACAUCUCGGAGGAGGAGCUCGCUCACAAGUGGGCCCUUCACUGGCUGCCGACCCUCUCCAAGGCCAUGACCUCUUCCAGCUCCAUCCUUCUGAGUAAUGCCUCCAAUUACCUCCUUGUGUGGACCUUACGGCUCUUCCCUGCCUCUUAUGCCUUGCUGGCUGAAGGCUUUAAAGGUGGAGAUUCAGCCCAGCUUCAGGCCUGGGUCACCUUGUUGAAUGUGCAAAAGACUGUCACAGGGGUCUUGCCUGCAGGCCAGGAGACCUUGGAGAGACUCUCCUCCUGCCUCUUCACAAAAGAGGACAACGUUCGCCUGGCAGCUUUGAGCCUUCUGUGUGCCAGUCCCAGAACCAAUCAAGCCUUGUCCGAGACGGAGAUCCGGCUACUGAAGGAAUUCUUGCCCCUCAACUUGAAUUGUAACUCCUCCUCUUUCCGCCAGUUCCUUCAGGCCACAGUUAAAAAGGCUCUGGUGAGGCUGAGGGACAGCUCGUUAGCUGCACUCCGGAGGCACAUGAAAAACAAGGAGUGCUCAGCUGAAGAGGAUCCCCAGAGGCCCCUGGUUCAAGCAGUGGAUUUUGUGGAGUGGCUGCUGCAGCUUUGUGCUUCCUCUCUGACAUCGGGGUCCAACUACCAGAGGCGGAAAUCAGCCCUCCUCCUCCUGGCUGCCAUCCUGGAAACCUGCACGGACAGCUGGAGCCCUGAACGGAAGAAGGGGCAGCCUCCUCGUAACAUGGCUGCACUGCUGAGCUGGACCAGGAGCAAAGGCUGCUGGGAUUUUUUCUCCAGAAGCAAUAUGCUGGUGCUGCUUAGCUGCUUGCAGGACAGCACAAAUGAGAUCCGUGAACUGGCAUCCGAGCUCCUCGUGAAUUACUUCCCAGCAGCCUUCCCAGAGUCUAUUGUCGUGGCUGCUUUUGAGCGGGCGAAGGAAGCCUUGAGCAGCCCCAGAGUCCCGGAGGCUGAAGCUGGAGCCAUGCUGAUGAAAACCAUCCUUCAGAAAUCAGACAGCUGUACCUUGAGACGCAUUUUGGCAAAGGCUGAGCAAGAAUGGACUGGAGAAUGUCGAUGCCUGAGCUUCGCCGAGUAUCUCCUUGGUGUGUUGCAUAACCAUCUUUCCAGCGCUCGCUGUGACUUGUUACAAGCAGCUCAUUCAGCACCAAUACAUGGAGUAGUUUUGGCUCUCAGGCAAUGUCUGCUGGAGGUACCGGAGGUGGCCGCCUCAAUGUCAAAAGCGCUGCUUGUACAACACUGGCAGGUUUUUCUUAACCACUUGGUGGAGAGCCUGAGAGAUGCUGUCCACUUGCUUCUGGGGACGCUGCAGGGCAGACAGACAUCCAGCUGUGGCCAGGAAGCUGCUGCGCCUUCAUUUGCUGACAUGGGGAAUGCGAUCGGCUCUCUCAUCCGGCUCGGGAAGGGCCCGGCUCAGAAAGAUGAGGAUUCCAUCCUGCUGUCAGAGGACCACAGUCUCAUCCUGACCUGCUGCUGGGUCUCCGUGAAAGAAAUUGGAUUGCUCUUGGGAGGCCUGGCAGAGAAAAUUUUGCCUCUUGCACCACCUGUGGGAUCAGGACCUCUCCUGCCACUUCCAGCGGUAAAGAUGGCCUCUGAGGUGUUCCAGGAGAUCUUACUGAAGUGCCGACACUGGGGAGCUGUGGAGGGCUGCAGUCUGGGAUUCACCAAGUUCUGUGCCACGUUGCUGAGCCACCCUGACCCAGAGCUUCAAGAUGUGCCAAAGGCAAUACUGACACAGGGCUUGGUGUUGCUCAGCAGUCCCAGGAGCAGUUCUGUGACUCGCCGGGCAGCUGGUUUCCCCAUGCUCUUCUUAUGCAUUCUGGUUGGGGAAGACUCUGCCAAGUCCCGCCCUCUGCUGGCACACUGCUGUCAGACUUUGCUAACCUUAGCUGACACACCUCUUUCCCAAGACUGGAACCAGACCCUGGACUUGCCUCAGGUUUCAGCAGUACAUGUGCUGCAAACCCUGGUCCGUGGUUCUGGUCUUGGAACAGCCUUACGUCAGUACAUUACACCCAUGGUGAUUCUGGUCCUCAAAGCACUUGACUCGCCUAGCUGGGGGAUGAGAAACGCUGCCAUCCAGCUUUUUGGUGCUUUAACAGUUCGCCUGCUGGGCCAAAAGCAGAGUCGGGACAACAGCCAUGGCCACAAUGGGGUGAGCCCUGAGGCGAUUUUCAGCCACUACCCUCAGCUGAAGUCUGUCCUGCUUGAAGAGCUCUCCUUGGCUGCGGUGGCAUCAGGAGAACCCCAGGGAGGGAAGUUUCACCUCUACCCCUCCCUUUACGCCGUCCUCACCUUUCUGGCCAAACUCCAGCCUAGUACAGAUGGUCCCAACGGCAGUUCCAGUUGCUUCCUGGAGCCCUUGAUUCAGCUUGCAGGAAAUCCCAUUUAUGCUGCACGGGCGAUGGCAGCCCAAGCCCUGGUGCCUCUUGCACCUGCAGCGGAAUACGGGACCCUCCUCUUGCGACUGGCCCUGGAUUUGCCACAGCCCAGUGAUGCGUUCUCCCAGAAUGCAUUGCAUGGACGCCUGCUGCAGAUUGAAGCUGUGCUGGCACAGGCAUUGCAGGUCAAUUGCCUGUCUCCCAACAUGCUGCUCUCCAUCACUUGCCGGUUGGAAGAUCAUAUCUGGUUGGUCACUUCUGUGCAGCAGUGUCCCCUGAUCCGGUUGGCCUACCUCCAGAUUGUCUCUCUUCUGGUUGGAGCCAGUCCCUCUCACUUUGCACAGAGAGUUUGGGAAGCUGUGAGGGGUGAACUGGAUCCCUCUAAGCCAGCAGGGAAGGCUGGCUCAUCUCAUAUUCAGGUCGGCGCAGUUACAUUCCGCCAGUUUGCUGUCCGCUUUCUCUGUAGCGAGGCAGCAAGGCUGGGCAGUCCAGAGAGAGUCCGUGAAGUUUGCUCACUCCUGCAGAGCGGCCAUGUGGACUUGCAAGGAGCCAUCCUGACUUGGACAAUCGAAACGGAGGAGGGAAGAAGCCAAGUGCUUAACCAAGAGCUGCAGCUAAUGCUAUGGAAGAAGCUGAGGGAAGUGCUGAAAGGAAGGAUGGACCCUGUGUUUCUGAAGCUGUAUCUGGAGGCUUUUGUGCAUCUCAACAGCCAUCAGCGUCCGCCUGUUUCCCACAAGCCACUGAGUCCCGCAUGUACAGAGAGCAGUGAAAUCCUGCUAUCGAUGGUGGAAAGCGGUGAGCUCAGUCCAGACCUCCAAGGUCAUGCACUGUGCAUUCUAGCUUUACUCCUGACUGAAAGUUUUGAGGAUUUUACUUUAUUGGAACGGUGGUGUGUUGUCAUAGAAAGAUGCAGCAAGCCCCUUUCUUCAGAAGUGCUCAGGAGGGCUGCGGCAAAGUCACUGCACAUAGCAGGAGCGGGCUUGGUUUGGAGAGCCCAAGAAGAUGCUGACCAGACUCUUUGUGCCAUGGCAGUCCGCCUGAUAGACACAGCCAUUUCCCUGCUCCAAGAUGAGGACCAGGAAGUGCGGCUGGAAGCCUCUAUCUUUGCCAGCCUCGUCGUGCAGCGGCAGGCUCCAUCGGGGGUUCCCUCUCCAGGCAGCUGUGCUUUGCUUCAUAGCAACAAGGGCCUGGUCGAUCUGCUCCAUCUGCUGCUGGAAAAAUUCUGGCACUGCCCAGAAACCUUUGCGUCUUUGGUGCAUCAUCUCCCCACCACCGAUCUCAACGAGGCCUUGACGGAGCUGGAGGACAAGGGGGCCGUGAGCCUGUAUAAAGAAGAUGAGCCAAAUGUUUAUGCAGAGCCAGCUGUCCUUUGCCGAAUGUUGUUUCCUUUCCUCUUCCGGUUGUUCAACCAAGCAGCUGCUUCUCCCAGGCUUUGGGAGUCAUUUCAGUCCUGGCUGAAAGCCACCGGCCCUGGGCUCUUAACCAGCUUACGACACUGCACAGCAUGGUGGAGCCAAGAUGGCAACACUUCCUUGCACCUGAAGGCUCUAGGAUGUCCGAAGGUGCAUGUUGCAGUCACGGCACUGCUUGUCAAGGCAGUCCUUGUGGUCCAUAUGCUGGAGAUGCUAGAAAGGAGACAGCAAGCCAGCACUGAAGAAAUUGACUACAGCUCCCAAGAGCUGAAAGAUGUGGUUUCAGCUGCACAGAAGGUGCUUGUUCAGCAUGGGAUGGUACCAACAGUCAACUUGGAGAUAUGAAUGGGAAGACAGGGAUAUCUUGACUGUGUUUCAGUAAAUCACUGAGAACUUUUCACCGUGAUGGAGAUCACAGAGCUGGGCAACAGGUAGCAUCUCUGUUUGGAGAUAAACGCAUCGCAUCUUCUGGUCUAGACCUACUGCUGUGGGAAGCUGAUACAAAUAUAUACGUAACAUUUGUAACUGGUAUAUAGCAAUUACAAAUGGCAGCAGACCUGGCAACCUAGGGUUGCUUGUGGUUUCACAUUCUACAUUACUUAUUGCAGGUGGUUCUGAACUUUGUUCCAAAUUUCUCCCUGUUUUGUUUUGGAAUUCUGAACGAUGUAGUUUUGUUUCCAAAGUGGAACCUGCAUUAGAAAUUCUCUGCAAUUCCAUUUUUCAUUUCUGAAUUGUGUAGAGUGUGUGUGCAUGGGCAGUUUGCCACAGUUUUUCCAUGCAUAAGAAGAGCCCUGAAAGCCCCUUUUAAAGCCAUUUAUUCCUCUGGCCAUCACUGCAUCCUCCGGCAGCAUAUUCCACAUUUUAAUCACACUGUGUAAAGCAGUGUUUCCUUUUGUCUGUCCUGAACCUACUGCCCAUCAGUUUCAUUGGAUGCUCUCGAGUUCUAGUAUUUUGGGAGAGAGAUUUCUUCAUCUUAUUUGCAUCCCCAACACCGACACCCCUAUUAGCAACUUGCACAAAUACAUUGAUAAAAUCUUUCUAUCUUGAUGUAAGUGUAAUUGCAUCCAGGGGAGUGUCUCAUUGAAAUCACACAUGUCCUCUUUCCUGCAGAUUGAUGAAACAUUACACCCACACAAUCAAGAUAUAGCAUUGUUUUUCUGCUGUUUUAUCAGUGUUUGCAAGGACACAUCUGUAAGAUGCCUCAGCAAAAAAAACUGGAUGCAGUUAAGUGUACAUGUGUGUGGCAUCUUUCCAGUGCAUAGGAGCAGUGAAACACUGCACAAAAAGAAUUUUGAUCUACGUGUACAUCAAGAUUGCAAACAGUCUUUUAUCCGUGCUUAGGGGCACAUGAAGAAAGGAGGGAAAGAUGUGAAUGAGUCGAGAACUGUGGCAAGCUGGACAUGCUUCAGUUUGGAAAUUAACAUUAGCAAUGUUCUCCUGAUUAACCUGGAAUCCAGGGGGAGUAGAAUAAAAAAAAGUUAGAAAACAAAAAGUGAGGAAGGUCAAGAUAAAAGUGAGGAAGCUUUAUAUUUUGUAUUCGGCCCCCUCAACAUGGCGUGUAUUGAUCUGCGAUUUGGGGGAAGGGUUCAGGAGGAGCAUCUACAGGUGAAGACCAGCCUGGUGGAUCCAUCAGGCUGAAAGAAAAGCGUUGAGCAUCUUGUUCAGGAUGAAUUUUAAUCAUGUUGGUUUUAAUCCUUCAGUUUUUUGCUUCAAUUGUACGGAGCUCAUGGAUCAUGCAGGGAGGCAGAACAGAUCGUGGGUUUUCUAAUUUUAAUAAAGUGGUUCCCUCAAA